UUUUUAUUCGAGUUUAAUAAUCAAUGAUGGAUUAUCAUAACGUGAGUCUUCAGAGCUUCCACGAUCCAAGAUUUGGAGGAGACUACUUAGUACUGUUGGUAAGGAUAUUUUGAAUGAUAUUCCCAAUGGUAUAUUGAGAAUAUGCUUCAAUAGGAAUGGCAGCAUCUUUCUUCCUCAGAACAUAUUAUCUCACCUCUAUUUCAAAGAUAAUGGUAACAAUAAUCUCUUUCUUCGGAGCUAUAAUUUCUCUUUGAAAAAUUAAUAACAUUGGAGUCUCUCAGACUUCUCUUGAAAUUUAUCAACUAAUGUAUGAGGCUGCCUUUGUGAGUCAGGUAAUCGUAUUCACAGUUUACUGGGUGGCAAUUCAUAACUCAUUAGAAGAACGGGCUAAAGAACAGCCUGCUGGAUACGCUCAUAGCCAAGUUUGAAACCACUUACUUCCCUUUGUAGCUAUCAGCUGAGACAUGCUAGUCACUAGGCCAGUGUUUAGCCUAGAGCACCAGCUAGCUUUCUUCAUAAUGGGUACACUAUACACAUUGAACAAUUUCGCACAGACAAAGCUGUUUGGAUGGUCUCCCUACCCCUUCUUAAAAUGGGAAGACUGGACUUCAAUAGGACUCUAUCUAGUGGGGUGACCAGCUUUAUUAAUCUUAUACACAGUAAUUGCAUUGAUCACAAAUGUGGUAAACUCCAAAGAAAUAGAGGAUUUUGAAUUAAUAUCUUUUCAAUACUUUAGCUUCCUUUAG